CCAUCCUCACUUUUGUCCUACGGGUAACUUAAUUUCAUUUACUGAGGCUUUACUUCAAUAAACCCUUUGGCAAUCACUGGACCUUUGGAGCGUAUGGUAUGUCCCACCUGAGUACAGUUGCCGGAGAAUCAAACAGAGAAUAGGAUUAGUCUACACCAGUAUAGCAUGGCCGUGGCUCCGCCGAAUUUUUCUUGGGUUGAGUCUCAGAAACUUGCUGGAUUGGCGUGGCCCUCAACAACAGCCCACUAUCAGUUCUUGCUCGAUCAUGGAAUCCAACACUUGGUCUGUUUGUGUGAAUCAAAGCCCCCCAACAGUGACACCUGCCCGGGUCUUAUACUGCAUCACAUAAGGAUAGUAGACUUUACGCCACCAACUCUGGAUCAAAUUAUGACGUUUCUGUCUAUAGUGGAGGAAGCGAACUGUAAAGGAGAGGGCGUUGGUGUCCACUGCAUGCACGGCCACGGACGGACAGGGACCAUGCUAGCCUGCUAUUUGGUGCGGACAAAGAAAAUGUCAGGAGUCGAAGCGAUCAAAGAAAUCCGAAGACUUCGUCCGGGGUCCAUUGAAACACAAGACCAAGAGAGAGCGGUUGUGCAAUUUCAUCAACACAUUCUGUGAAAGUUUUUCCUAUGUUAAGAAUUGAAUGGACUUUCACCACUUCACAACGAACCAAACAAAUCAAGCUGUGCU